GCUGGCCGCUUAUUCUGUCUGCGUUCUGCCUCUUGUCUGUGACAGAUAUCAACCUUAACUCUCCCAACAAAGGUCUGUUGUCGGACAGCAUGACAGACGUUCCUGUGGAUAGCGCUGCCGCAGCCAGGACCUCUGCGCCUGAAGGGCUGACUCUUGCUGAAGAGGAGGAGCUGAGGUCGGAGCUUGCAAAGGUCGAAGAAGAAAUCGGUACUCUCAGACAAGUUCUGGCCGCUAAAGAGAGGCACUGCGGAGAGCUGAAGAGGAAGCUAGGUUUGACUCCCUUGGAUGGCUUAAAGCAAAACCUGUCUAAAAGCUGGCAUGAUGUCCAAGUCUCCAAUGCUUAUGUGAAAACAUCUGAGAAACUUGGAGAGUGGAAUGAGAAAGUGACACAGUCUGACUUAUAUCUUUCAGCCAGCAACACACUGGAGGACUGGAAUGAAAAAUUAACUCAAUCAGAAGCUUAUAAGAAGACCCAGGAAACCCUGUCCCAGGCUGGACAGAAGACUUCAGCAGCCCUUUCCAAUGUAGGUUCUGUUAUCAGCAGGACACUUGGUGUGACAUGAGGUAAGAUUUCUGUUUCGUGCUCUAGUGCUUUGGUUUAGGAUUUAAAAAGUUUUGAGACUUUAGACAAUAGCUAGGCUUUUUUCUUUUUUUUUUUCCUACUUGAUUGGCAGUGCUUUGCUAUUGAUGGACUACCUUCUUCCAUGUGGUCCUGUACAUCAGACUUUAGGACACAUGAACACUUGUAAACACCCCUCAAGGGAGAAAACCUCUUCCUGUCAGUCUGCUCUGAAAGUGUGUGUUCUAAGACUUGUGCUGAUAGAGUAAAACCAGUUAGUUCUACCACAUUUAGUCUAAUUCAGCUCAGAAGAGCUGACAGGACACUCUUAGUUCCCUUCUCCUCUUAUUAUCAUGUGGUUGCGCUGCAACUUUGAACACUUGUUUCUUAAAUAUAACGUAAAGUUGACCCUUUUCAGUUUUAAAUUAUGGUCUUGUUUUUUCUCAGUGUUAACGCUUAGGGUUAGAAAGGGGUCAUCAUUCCUAUGCUCUGUUAUAUGCUUUAAACUGGGACGAAGUCUGGAUGCUGUGUCUCACGCAGUUUCAAGUUCUGUGCGCUAGCUUUCCGUGGGGAAGGGCGGUGUGACUUCCAAGCACAGCUUCAUAGUGUGUUUUGGAAGAUAUGAACUCAAUCAGAAGAUUAUAAUGACAUAAACUUUCUUCUUGUGCUUGGUGGUUAUCUAGCUUCCUUAAGCAGAUGACAACUGCAGUAUUUGCAAAUGUAAACCUAUCUAAAAUGGAAAGUGGAGGGCUGGUUCCUUUGGCUGCUGCCUGAGGUUCUUGCUCUGCGAGUUUCUCCGGCAUACAAAAGCGAAGGGUAGAGUUGGUGAUUUACUUCAUUCAGGAGUUUAAGCUAAAGACUGUUUCCACAUUAAUGAUGGUGUUGAAGGCUUUCAUGUGAAAUACCUUGCCCACUUUUUUUUUUCCUGAGUGUACAAGCUGUCUAGAUUAUUAAGGAAGCAUUCUUGGAGCUUGUAUUUAACAUAAUGUAUCAGAUCUUGGAUUGAACAGGCAGCUGUCAUUCUUUGUAGGGACUUUCCCAUUCCACUGUGGCUGGGAGUAUCCAAGUGGUAAGAAUUUGUUGGUCUCUGAUCACAUUGUACUGAUAUACUCUGAAUCUAACCUCAGGGAGUGCAAUUAUUGGUGAAUGUUUUUUUUGUAGCUCACUCCAUGUGAAAUUGGCAGAGGACUAGCUGGCUUCCUAGCCUUUCCAGUAUUCAAAUUUUACUUUUCUUUCCUGGAAAUUACUUUGACUUCUGAAAGAAGAGACUUAUAUAUAACCACUUGAGCUGCCAGCUGAUAGACACCGGCAAGAUGUGCCGUUGCUAAGCUGAUAACGGUAAAGUAAAUUUGGUGACUACCUUCUGCAGCUCGGUCAGGCUGUUGUAGCAAAGGCAUGGGGACUGACUUUUUUGGACCAAAUGGGGAACUCUUGAACCGAUCUUGCCACCAGAAGAAGCCGUUUUGACAGUCUUGGUCCUGCCUGUCAUCUUUGGCUGGUAGAAUCCAGUUUGACAUGCGGCUGCACAAAUGCUUGUACUAUUCCAGGAGCAGAUGAUGGGGGGGGGAGGAGGAUGCAUGGCCGAGUGAGGAGUGGAACUGUCGCUCCUGGUGACAGAGCUGGCCUAGCUGACUACAUACAAACCGGACCUCUGCAGCAGUAGUAUUGCUCAGCAUAGUCGGUAACUUAAACACGCGUAUUCCUUUUUACAGCUAAUUCCUUGAGUGAUAGGGUAGCAAAUAGAGGCAGCUUCUGUCUUAUUGAUAACCUGGGGUUGUAUCUACCAAAGUUAUUUCAGCAGGAUUUGCUUUGUGUAUGUGGCCCUAAGGGGAACACAGUAAUGGCUUUUAAGAAAGCUUUCAGUUUUUCUUUGGAUAUCCAGACUUACAUAUCCUCUGCUGUAUUCAAAUCUUGAUGUUUCUGAAUCUGAAUGAAGUUUAACUUCUGAGCAUAAACUUCCACAGGAACUGUUCUGUUUUCUCCUCUUGCCAAGGGAAACUGUAAAUGGUGUUCUGACAUGUGAUCAGAGAUUACAAGGAGUGAAAUUGGUUUUAUUGUUGUGAUCGCUUCUCUGAACAUAUGGGGAUGAUCUCUUCUCGGAGAAUCUCAGUUCUGGGCCUCAUGGCCUACACUGUAAUGUGUUGUUACUGUACUUUUUCCUCUUACACUACAAAUUCACUUGUAAAGAAGGUUUAUUUUCCAACACUGGAAGCGUUGAGAUAACAGAAAGGAUUUCCUUGUUUAGUCAGCUUUCACCGGUUGAUAAAUGCAAGGAAGGGAUGAUGAAUAGGACAAACACCCCAGACAUUCAGAGGGCAUAAUCAUAAUUCCAUUAAAACCACCUCAACCAAAAUGCUAUGAAAUAAAGUAACUCAUCGUUGAGUUAAAUCUCUAGUAGGGUGCUUUAUUCUGGUCAAAACACUUUCAAAUGCUAUAGCUGCAGAUUGUGAGAUGAAGUUGUGGCAUUUAUGUGACUACUGUACUAAGCGUAUUAAUGCUGCUGCUCUACUAUAUUUUCUCCCCUCAUGGCAAUCUAUCUUAAUGGGUGGGUUUUCUCAGGCUUUGGCCAGUUCAGCCUUUUCUGUUAUCUCCACUUACAGUUAAAGAAAUAAAUUGGCUUUUAGACCUUGUUACUGCAUUUUACUGACUCCAGUAAACUGCCAAAUGGAAAUGUUUUCUUUUUGUCAGAUAACGGCUUGCUUUGUGGUUUUUGUGCCCCCAAUACCUUUCAUGCUUGUCUGAUGGGGUUUGCUACUGUAUAUAAUACUACAAGUGAAUUCAUUAUAAGAUGUUAAUCUGAGCCCCAAAGGUGGCUUCUGUGUCCUGAAUUUAUGUAAACUUUAAAUUCUCAUGGAAGGAAGAAAAGGGUAACUGUUAGGUCCAGAUCAAGAAUCUGAGCAAACUUACUGGUGCUUGUGGAAUUAUAUACAGAGCAGCAUGGUGCGUGGACAUGUAUGUUAUCUAUAUUACUUUCCUUUAAGUGAGAGCAAGUAGAAAGUGAAUUUCUGUUGCACGCAAAGGUAGCGUUACAAGGAGUCUGUCCAGCCAAAGAGCUGACUGGAAUAGGUGGGGAAAUGAAAUCACAAAGCCUAACAUCUUUGCUGUAGCUGUAAGGAAGGGCCCUUGUACUCCUUGCCAAGUACUUCACGUCGAACUUGCCAUGACCGCUUCCUGCUGCGGGAACAAAAAUGAUAUUUAAGUGGAAUAAAACACAACACUUCUAAAGAGGCUUCUCUACUGGAACGUCUUGGCAGUCUUGUUAGUAGAAAUAGAAAACCUUAGUCUGUUAUUCAGGACUACUGAGAUGCUACUGUAGUGUAAAAUUGGGCAUGGAAAUCUGGUAGUUUCCAGGGUGUAGUUUGCCUUGAAACCUAAAAAUGGGCGUUCUGCACUUGGGUUGUGGGGUAAGCAUCGUGCCUUCUAUCCAGUUGCUCUUAUCUUUAUUAUGCUGAGAGCUGUUUGUUUUGUUUUUUUCCUCAAAUGUAACUUUAAGAUCCGCAGGCUUGGCGAGGUAACAUGCAAGCAUCCAUUUGGCUCCUGUUGCAGAGGCUCUCAACCAGCAGUCCUAACAGUACUGUGUUUAAACGAGAGCUCAUGGGGUUUCUGAAAGGGUGGGGGGAGGUGGACAAGAUAGCUUUUGGCAAAUUAGCCAACUGAGGUAAGGAAAACAUGCUCUAAAACUUCAAGUUAAAGCAAUGGGUCUGGAUGAGUAAGAUUCCUCCCCUUCCCCCUUCCCCCCCUAAUUCAGCACCCUUGUUCUAACUUGCUAUAGAUUCUGUUUUUAUCCUCUGAAAAACCUCUUAGCUUGGGUUAUUGGAGCUAAUGCAAAGCAAUUUUUUUGUCCCUCUAAUUAAUCUUGAGAGGGUUCUUCCUGGGUAGUAGACUUUGCUGUCCCAUGACUAUGUGCUUGCUUAGCUGCCCUGCGUUUAAUGUUUAGAUCCGCACAAGCGUCUGACUCUUGCUUCCCUUUUCUCCCUCUGCUGUCGUGGGUUUCCUCAGGGCUCACCCCUUCUCGCAUUCCUUUAGCAGUUACUCCAUUCGCCACUCGAUAAGUAUGCCAACAAUGAGGAAUUCUGCAACCUUCAAGUCAUUUGAAGAUCGAGUUGGGACCAUAAAGUCCAGAGUGGUGGGCAGCAGGGAAAAUAGUACUGAUGGCCUCCAUUCCCCGCUGGGAGCUGGAGACAAGCCUCCACAAGACAAUGCUCCUUUCUAGACCUGCUAUGUGGCUUUGCACGGCUGUGCACAACUGCAAGAGCAAGCCCCCUUCCUCCCGAAUCUUCACAACAGCAACAACGUGCGAGUCCAAGAAGGGGCUGAAAACCAAUCUGGAGAGAUCCAUAAUCCAUUCAUAGACACUGCUACUGGAUCCAAGUCAAAUAAAGAGAAUGCAGAGUUUUGUACACAAAUA